CGUACCAAUCAGGCGCGGCGUAUUACAGGCCUAUACCGGCAAUUCGCAAGCAUCAAUAUCUUGCAACAUGGCGAUCGACGACGAAAGACUUUUCGAGAACGAUCCUCCAGAGGAAGAAGAAGAGGAGGAGGAAGAAGAUGAAGAGGACAUAGUGGAUCCUCGGGAUGAGAUCUUGGAAAAUUGCCGGGAAGACAGCCACUGCGCCGGUUUCAAGCAGGAAUUGGAGGUGUGCCAGGAGCGGGUGACCAGCCGCAGCAAUACCGAGGAGACGUGCACCCAAGAGCUGUUUGACUUCCUGCACUGCGUCGACCACUGUGCUUCCGAAAAGAUCUUCAAGCAUGUGAAAUGACGUGAACAUCUAGGCUACUGUUACUUCAAUUGAUCCCCAUACUCCCAGUGUACUCUUCAUCCCGAAUGCGCACACACACACACACCACAGGGUUUCAGGCACUUCAUUCUACAACGCAUCCACCAAACCUUGCUGCAUGUCAUGUAGAGAUUUCUUUUUCUAAAGAUUUGUCAGUGUUGGAAAAAUACAGAUGUCUUUACAGGACCCAAUUGCUUAAAGAAUUUAUGUUCUAAGCAAAAAUCCCCCCAAAAAUCAAACGGUCAAUGUAGGCUUUUAAUUGGUACAUGCAUUUGCAAUUGUUCUGUGUUUAGCGGUAUUCCGUGCUCAGCAGAUUGGUGGAAUAAGCUCCAAUGGCUCCGCUCAAAACACAAACUCUUGUCUUUUCCGCAACAAAAUUGUGAUUGUUGAGAACAAUAGGAAACAUGAUCAAGAUGUUGUAGCAUUGGAACACGGAUUCAUUUUUCAAUUACCGAAAUAUUCUUCAGAAGUAAUCUUUGAUAGAUUUGGGUAGUAACAAAACUGAAUUUUUUGUUGAUCAACCCUAUGCUGUUGAUAUUCAUUACACACUGUACAAUGAGUGGCUUAUGUCUCGCUAAAUGUGGGAUAGAAAAAAAACUUUCACAAAAUUGAUCAUUUUUCAAACUGUGAUUUUGACUGCAUACUUAAUUUCAGCACACAUGUAGGCUGUAACUUUCUGUAUUACAGUAUUUUGAACAUUUGCGUAGGUUGUAACUCUAGAUAUGGUGACCAUGGACCAUCACAAACGUUAACAUAAUAGGGUUAAAUACUGCAUCUGACAUCUAUAAAUUUAGCGUUCAAAUUACAUUCUCCAAAGACCGGUAUUAGGUUCAAAUGCCAAACGCAUUUGCAGCAUUUUGCUUUUCUAAAGUUCAUGGGUUGUCGAGUUGAAUUUGAAGGAACUACAGAAGCCGUCAUCUAAAGUUGCAUUGUUCGUUGAUGUUAGGCUGUAUUUAAAAGAUUAAAAAAGAAAUUGGAAUUCUUUUGAUUUUGAAGUUUUUGAUGUGGAUUGAAUGUGAAAUCGUUUUUAAGUUUUAGGAUACAGUUAUUAAACCAGAUUGGUAACAUUCA